ACGCUGUCAAAAUCAUUCCGUCAUCGAUCGCGCAGUCAGUCAGUCCGAAGCAAAAUUUUCUCCACUCGCGAAGUUACUCCCCCGAAAAGUUUUCGCAGACCGUUCGUUUUGUGUGCAAUUUAGCUUGAAAAUCAAUCGAAAAAUGGACGCAUUCGGCGAUGGAAAGUUCGACCAACCGGAAGUCGACCCGGCAGCCGAGUUUUUGGCCCGGGAACAGAACGCCCUGGCCGGUCUGGAGGACGAAAUUGUUCCAGCGUCGACAGGAAACGGGUUCGCCGAUGGCGAUGACGUGACUCAACCAAAAUCCGAUUUGGCUGCAGAUCCUUCCAUGGGGCAUGAGUUCGAAUUGGGGAGUUUCGAAAUGAUUAAUCACGAUGCCGAUCCGACGAUGUCCGGAGCCGGAGGACUGUCGGAGUUUGCCGUCAAGGCCGAACCAGGCGAAAACGAGGCUGGCUUGUUCGCUAACAGUCCCAUUCCCUCCAACGAAGAAGAUGGUAAUGAUGAUUUUUCAGGGUACACAGUGCCCAAGCAAGUAACGGAGGAACCUGAAAGGAUCCGCAAGUGGCGUGAGGAGCAAAAGGCCCGCCUCGAGGAGAAGGACCGCGAGGAGGAACGUAAGAAGGAGGAACUCCGCGAGCAGGCUCGCAAGGAACUCGAAGACUGGUACAAACACCACGAGGAAGCUAUCUCCAAAACCAAGGCCGCUAACAGGGAAUCGGCCAAGAACGCCGAGAAGCAGUUCGUCGCGGAAACGGACGAAAUCGAACCCGGCACCGAGUGGGAACGCAUCGCCAAGCUGUGCGACUUCAACCCGAAGACGAACAAGUCCAGCAAGGACAUUUCCCGGAUGCGGUCCAUCAUUCUGCAGCUGAAGCAGAACCCGAUCUCGACCAGCAAAAAGGUCUAAGCCGUAAACUGCAAAUGGGGAGGGACAGUAUAAGCCGGAAUCUAUUGUGGAUGAUUCGUUUAUCUCACAAGAAGACAACCAACAGCGUAUAUAUAGACAUAAAUGCUAAUUAUGUGUUUGAAUAAAUUAGAAGAUAGUGAAAAUUACAGCAGAACAUAUAUAAAACGAGUUGGAGAAAAGAGAGAUGUUUUAUUGAGGUUUCCUUCACUGAAAACCUCUAAUAAUUACAUUAAAAAACGUUUUUGAAGUUCUCCUUAUUUAAUCUCGCUAAUGUGGAUGUUCAACAUUUUGUAUCGAUUCCUUCACAGUUGAAAAUGAAAUCCAAUCGUAGAGAACUAAACCAUGAUUUGUAUCGUUUCAUACUUUGUAUCAUUCCUCGGAAAGUAUUUGCCUCGUUUUUUCAUUACUCUGCAAAUUUUGAGUUUUUGUUUCUGUUAGAAUAAAUACUUUUGCUGUAAAAUGUAUCAUUUCCGAGUGCAUUUACUGACUCAAAAUCGUAAAAUGGAGAAAAGUUAGAAAAUGAUCGGAAAUAGAAGGAAGUGCAAACAGAAUAUUGCUAAGUAGACAUUUAUUUGAAACCAAGCAGAAAUGUGGUCGAAAGAUGCUAAACAUCAAAAUAAAUAUGUUGAAAACGUA